GCGGACGGGCGGUGUCGGGUCGGGGUCCGCCGCGGGAGUCGGGCCGGGCCUGGCGGCCACGGCUUCGGCCAUGCUGCAGUUGCGGGACUCAGUGGACUCGGCGGGCACGAGCCCCACGGCCGUGCUGGCGGCCGGCAGUCCAGGCGGGGGGCGGCCCGGGGCAGGCACGCCGCUGCGCCAGACGCUGUGGCCGCUCAGCGUGCACGACCCGACGCGCCGCGCCCGCGUCAAGGAGUACUUCGUGUUCCGGCCUGGCACCAUCGAGCAGGCCGUGGAGGAGAUCCGCGUGGUGGUCCGGCCCGUGGAGGACGGCGACAUACAGGGCGUUUGGCUGCUGGCCGAGGUGGACCACUGGAACAACGAGAAGGAGCGGCUGGUGCUGGUCACCGACCAGUCGCUGCUCAUCUGUAAGUACGACUUCAUCAGCCUGCAGUGCCAGCAGGUGGUGAGGGUGGCCCUGAGCGCAGUGGACACCAUCUCCUAUGGGGAGUUUCAGUUCCCCCCCAAGUCCCUCAACAAGCGGGAAGGUUUCGGAGUUCGGAUCCAGUGGGACAAGCAGACCCGGCCGUCAUUCCUGAAUAGGUGGAACCCCUGGUCCACCAAUGUGCCCUAUGCCACCUUCAUAGAACAUCCGAUGGCCGGGCUGGAUGAGAAGACGGCCUCCCUGUGCCAGUUGGAGAGCUUCAAGAGUUUGCUGAUCCAGGCAGUCAAGAAAGCGCAGAAGGAGAGCCCGCUGCCGGGACAGGACGGCGGCGUGCUGGUCCUGGAGCGGCCGCUGCUCAUCGAGACCUACCUGGGCCUCAUGUCCUUCAUCAACAAUGAGGCCAAGCUCGGCUACUCCAUGACGCGGGGCAAGAUCGGCUUCUAGCCCGCCUGUCCCCACUCCUGCGGUGGCCGGGAUCCGAGUAGUCAGCACAGGGAGGGAAGUGUGUGUGUGUGUGUGUACGUGGACACCUGGCAACAGUCUGCAGCAGAAAUGAACCAUGCUGUCUCGUCCUGCUGGUGCCCGCUCUUCGUGGUCCUGUGCCCGUCCGCGUCAUCCACGCGGCAUGCCGCCCUUCCUGUGUGCCCCUGCCCAUCAGUGUGGAGACCGAGGUGUGGGCGGUGCCAGCUGCUGCAGCCAUUCACAUCUGGUGGCAAAUUUUGUAUUUUGGAAUUUCACCUGUUUUCUAAAAGUGACAGGCAAAGCAGGUCACUCUCAAGCUGGCCCAGCCUGGCCUCGCAGCCGCGGGGGACAAGUGGGCGGGUCAGUGCUGAUGUCAUGCCUGCUCUGACACUGGCCUGAGCUGUGCACCAUGGCAUUCCCCCCAGCUGGGAAAGCCUCGCACGCCCCAGACUGGUACCCCCAGGUCCCUGACAGCGCUGGCCACUCCGCACCCUGGGUUUGCCUCGUUUAUGCUUGCAAGGAAGCUGGUUUCUACAGAAUGUACUGUGAAGCAGGCACUGUGCCAACCCUCUUGCAGCCCACGCCUCCCCAGGCUCUGCCCACCUGAAGCCCUAGCUCAGUGCCCCCCCCCCCGCGCAGCUUGCUCACCACAGAUGCUUGGCGCUGACCACCAGCGCCCCCUCCUGCUCCCGGCCAACGCGCGUGAGACUGGCCUGUGUAGGUGGUCACUCAGUAAAGAUGUUCCUAACCAAA